GCUGCUCCAAUCGCAUACGUUUAUUGAUGAUGACGGGUUUUAGUUCAAAAAAGUAGAGGGAUGUUACUUUGAACCAGCUAGCUUCUAGCUGAAUUUCCACUAACGUUAGCAGAACGCCAUUGAAAUCGUGAGGUUAGCUUGUUGCCGUAAUAGCUAGCUAAUAGCUGACUUGGUGGUGUAGCCUAUAUUUGGCUUGGCUUGAUAUUUAACGUUUCUCACCUGCAGUAACGUUAAAAACAUGGCAGGAGAAUCAAACCCAGUCUCCUUCCUUCAAGAAAAACAAACAUUUGAGUUGGAACUACGCAUGUACGACGGAGAUGACCCUCUUGAUGUUUGGGAUAGAUACAUAAAGUGGAUUGAACACACGUACGCAAAGAGUGACAAAAACCUUUGUGCAGUUCUCGAGAGGGCAGUACAAAAGUUCGUGGAUGACAAAAAGUUUUAUGAUGAUCCACGGUAUGUGGAUAUGUGGAUCAAAUUGGCCCAAAAUAGUACACAGCCCUUGAAUAUGUUCAACUACAUGCAGACAGAAGGCAUCGGGGUGCAGCAGGCAGCCUUAUACACAGCCUGGUCAGAUGCACUGGAAAAGCAGGGAGACCAACAGCAGGCAGACAUCAUCUUUUUGGAGGGCCUGAAGUGUGGAGCCAGACCGCUGGAUGAACUACAGAGACACUACCGAGCUUUUCAGAGUCGUCUGUCGGACCAGGCUGUCGGGCAUGGGGCAGAUGUGACCCAGGAGAGGCAGGACUUUGAGCCUCAGCUGCCAUCCUCAGUGGGCCGGAGGACUCGACGGAACCGCAGGGUGCUUGCGUCUGUGAAUGGAGAGGAAGGAUCCGUAGCUGGAAAUUCGAGCACAACAGUUUACCAGUCGUCCACUUCAGGCCUUGGACAAAGCUUGUCUGUCUUUGACGAGAGCCAAGCCGGGUCCGUCGAGCCCGCUGUCGUUGAGGCCAAAGUGAACCUGUUUAUGUCACAAAGAACAGACAAGAGGACAUUGCAGGUGUGCUCCUCUGCCAAUGUGAACCCUUUGAGUGAGCCAGAAACUACCCAAACCCAGAACCUGGUGGGACCCCCUCACGCCUCAAAUGACCCUAGUGCCCCAUUGGCCGCAGAACAGGACCCUUUGGCCAAUCAGAGCGAGGAUCAGCCGGGGGUCCAGGUCAUGUACUGCAAGGAGCUGCUGAUGAGGGGUCCGACAGAGUUCUGCUUUGAGGAGCUCAGGGCUGAGCGCUACUUCGCAAGCAUGCGCCAAAAGCUACAAGAGAAGCAGAUGUACCUGAGCAAAGAGAAGGAGAGGCUGAGGCAGCAGAUCGAGCAGAAGAUGCAGGUCAAGUCCACUCUGCCUCAGGAAAAUUGUCAAGACAAAUGCAAACCCUUUAUGGUUUACAAUGAAUCUGCUAAUCCUUCCACGGAACCUGUGUCCGCUGCAGUCGUCCAGCCCAAACCCUUUGUCGUGUUCAACGAGAAUGUUGCGAGAGGCCUGCCUCACGAGACGUUAAGCGCUCUUGCAGUGGCUCCAUCUAAGCACAAUUCUCUGAAGCUGCCCAUGCCCCUCCUGAGGCCCCGAGGCUCCCCAUCCUACCCGCCCACAGAGAAGGACUGUACAAACAGGUCCCUGUCACAGGCUGAGGAGGCGAUCAUCAACAGCCACCGCAACAAAACCCUGAGCAUCAGCCCCGAUGACACAUGCGACUUUGCCCGCGCCGCCAUGCUGGCGUCCACUCCCUUCGGUGGGGUCAGAGGUCAGAGUGGCAGUUUGACGGGCGACGGGGCUGUGACCGAGGUGGUGCGUGGGAUCCCUACAGAGUCCUGCCCUGACACCACGCCACAAACACCAGCUGAGCCCACACAGGCCAACAAACUCAGCCCUAUUCUGGAAGUGAGUCAAGAGUGGCGUUCAGUAUCGGCCGUGGCUCGGCACACUCAUCAUUCUGCUGGCUCAGCCUCCGUCGUCUUGCCGCCUGUCCCAGACGAGGGAGAAGAGGACAUGGACCAGGAGAUGACAGCUCCCCCUGGUGAAGACCAACCUUCCGAUCCAUUCAGUUUGGAAGUGAGAAGACGACUGCUGCACAAAAUAGGCCUCCGCACCCUCCCUGACCUACACCCAGAGCCUGGUCUUCUGCCCAGCUCUAUCCUAGGCCUGCGUCUGGGUGAUGAAGUGCUGUCCUGUCUGAUGAAGAUGCCUGGGCUCGAGAACCACUACGUCCUUCCCCCAGAGGAAGACUUUGUGGUGCUUAAGGUGGACCGAAGCCCGGUGCCUUGGGAUUUUUACAUCUGCUCUCAGCUUAAGGCCCGUCUCCCAGCAAACACAGAGGAACAUUUCCUGAACCAGAGCAGGUGUUUCCUGUUCGAGGAUGGCUGUGUCACAAUCUGGAGGGUCCCCAGAGACACCACAUUAGCUGAGUGGACGGCGGACAGGGAUGACAAGCAGCUGGUGGCCUACCUGGCCCUUCGACUGGUGGAGAUGGUCAUACGCAUGCACACCUGUCACCUGGUGCACGGAGCCCUCUGCCCACACUCACUCAUCUACUAUCCCAGCCCAACCGAAUCUGAUCCUGAGCAUGCUGUCGUCAUGGCGAUAGAUUUCUCCAGCUCAUUGGAUCUGCAGCUCCAGAUGGACACACAGACAGUUGGUUCCCUUAGCAACGCUGCUGACUACAUCAGUAAAGGGCUUCUGUCCCCCACCUCCUCCCCCUACCAGCUGGACCUGCUGGGUGUAGCUGAGACUGUUCACCAGAUGCUCUUUAAGAGACGCCUGGAUGUGGUUAAGACCGAGGCAGGGUGGAGCCUGGCAGAGUCAGCAGAGACCAGUGGAGGACCACUCCAUUCUGUCUGGCACAAGUUCUUCCAAAAGAUUCUAAACAGUGGUGAGAGGAGUACAAUGACACUGUUGACCGAACUACGGGAGGACUUGACAGACUACAAAGAAAAUGUUGUUCUGACUCUUGUUCUGACUGUAAUAUAACUAGAUCAGUUUUGACAUUUUAUUAUUAAAAAUGCUAUUGUUAGACACCUGAGGACAUGUUUGUCUCUUCAAAUAAAAAUAAAAUAUUUUUUCUAAUUCCAAA